AUGGUCGACGAAAAGCACCCUUACGAUCCCCACGAGAGCCUCCCCAUCCCCACCUAUGAGGAAGCCACCUCAUCACGGCCGCCCUCGGCCCUCUCACACCUCGGCCCCAACGAGGUCAGCGACGAUGCGGAGCGGCAAGGCCUACUGGGCGGCCGCGGCGGAGGAGGGAGCAGUGGCGGAGGAGCAUCGCGCCGCUCUGAUGGAUACCAGCAGCCAUCAGUCGAGUCAGUGCGGGACAGCAUGGAGAGCGACCUGUCGUUACCCGACAUGGUCGAGGAGAGCGAGGAUGAGGAGGCCGGCCUGCAUCGCGAAAUGGAGCAGCUGGAGGUUAUCGAGGCCGGUGGCCAACCCCACGGCAGCCGUCGUGCCCGCAUGAACAUGAGCUUCUCGAAGCGCAUCUCGAGCAUCGGUGCCACCCUGUCGUCGAUACGCCUGCCGCGCCUGCGCAAACCCCUCCGCUGGCCAACCUUCUCGUGCAGAGUGCCAUCUAUACCCGAGCACAUGCGCCCCGGCUACAGCGUCAUCCUGCGCCUGUUCGGCGUGCUGAUGAUGGCCUCGCUCGUCUACGCCCUCCUCGUUACCUCCGUCCUCCCCCUCGGCCGGGGCGGCAUGGCGCCCUUCAACCCAGAGUGGGCGCGCUCAUUUGUACAGUCCAAGAUUUCGGCGGAACGCAUCCGCGAUAACCUAAAACACAUUACCAGCGUCGAUCACGUCGCAGGGACCAAGGGCGACAAGUUCUUGGCUAAUUGGAUCGAGUCCUUCUUCACGCAGGCUGGUAUGGAUAAAGUUGCCACACUGGAAUAUAAUGUCUACCUGAACUACCCUGUCAAGGAAGGCCGGAGAGUCGCCAUCGUCGACCCACCGGAAUUUAGAUACGAGGCGAAGCUUGAGGAGGAGCUUGCUGUGCCAGGUAUUGGCCCCGAACAGCAGACCUUGGCUUUCCACGGAAUGUCGAGGGCCGGUAAUGUCACCGCCCCGCUCGUCUACGCCAAUUAUGGCAGCCAGGAAGAUUUCAAGAGGUUGAAGGAUCGUGGAAUUGACGUAAACGGCACAAUCGUAUUGGUUCGAUACUAUGGUACCAUGUCAGACCGCGCGAUGAAAGUCAAGUUCGCAGAGGAGAAUGGCGCUAUCGGAUGCUUGAUCUACUCGGACCCGAAGGAUGAUGGUUUUGUAAGAGGAGAUGUUUAUCCGGAAGGAAGAUGGAGACCGGAAGAUGGUGUUCAAAGAGGCUCGGUUGCCCAAUCCGCCUGGAUCGUCGGCGACGUGCUUACUCCUGGCAUCGGAAGCGGGAGGGAUGCGAAGCGCAUCAGCAAGGACAACAACCCGGCCCUGCCCAACAUUCCCAGCAUGCCACUCGCGUGGCGCGAUGCGAAACCGCUGCUACAAGUGCUCAAGGGCCACGGCGACAAGGCACCUAAAGACUGGGUAGGUGGCGUUCCGGACGUUGAGUGGUGGACUGGCGACAAGACCUCGCCACUUGUGCUUCUCCAGAAUGAGCAGGACGAAGAGGAGAAACAACCCAUCUGGAAUGUUCUAGGAGUUUUUGAGGGUGUCGAGGUGUCAGCCAAGAAGAUCUUUGUCGGAAAUCACCGCGAUGCCUGGUGUUUCGGAUCGGCUGACGCUGGAGGUGGAACGGCGGUCAUGAUGGAAGUGAUCACCGCACUCGACCUUCUGGUCCAGGAGGGGUGGCGUCCUCUCCGCAGCAUUUACUUCGCCUCUUGGGAUGCUGAGGAGUACAACAUCAUUGGCUCAACCGAGUACGUGGAAGAUCACAUCAAUGACAUUCGCGAGAAUGCCAUUGCCUAUCUGAACGUCGAUGUCGGCGUCGUUGGCGACAAAUUUCGGGCUCUAGGAUCUCCUCUUUUCCAAUCAGCGCUCAAUCGGGUCCUGGCUCGCGUGGCGGACCCUCUGCAGAACAAAACCGUCGGUGAAAUCUGGAAUGAAGGAGGUGGCAAGCUGGGAGGUUUGGGUGCUGGCAGUGAUUAUGUCGCGUUCCAGGAUCUUGCCGGAUGCUCUAGCAUCGACAUCAUGUUCGAUGGGCCUGAGAAUGGCUAUCCUUACCAUAGCUGCUACGAGACGUUCGACUGGAUGGACAAGUACGGUGAUCCGGGAUUCAUUUACCACGCUACGCUUGCCGAGAUUUGGGUGCUCCUCAUUCUCGAGCUCGCGCAAGAGCCGAUCUAUCCGUUCGACCUGAAAGAUUACGGAAUGGCAGUCAAGGGGUACAUCCACGAUCUGGAGAAAUAUGCCGUCGGAAAGGACGCUACGCGAGGCAAGCAGCUUGAUCUCAAGUCUUUGCGAGAGGCAGCCGACACACUCGAGCGAAAUGCGAAAGAGUUUGAAGGCUGGGAGGAUUGGUGGUGGGGCCAGUUCCGCGGACGCUCGGGCUACGAGACAAAUUCGAUGGGAAUGCAGCGGUUGUCGCACAACACGCGCAUGUCCAACUUUGAGACCCACCUGCUCGACCUACCGGACGGCGGCAAGAACACGGACGACGACGACGGCGAACAGCACGGCAUUCCAGGGCGCGAGCAGUUCAAACACGUCAUCUUCGGUCCUGACGCAUGGAGCGGGUACGACGAGGCGUAUUUCCCAGCAGUGAGAGACGCAAUUGAGCUGGGCAACUGGACGCUGGCACAGCAGCAGGCGGACAAGGCUGCGCGCAUUAUUUCCAAGGCGGCAGACAAGCUGCUGAAUUGA